UUUAAGUUCACGAGCGCAGUGUUACCAGCGGACAACCACAGAGACAUGACGGCAGAGACAGAAACGCGAGAAAUGAGAGACACAAGCGAGACACAGCCCUCACUCCAGCAGCAGGACGGUCCUGGAGGAGUGUGGGACUCGGUGAAGAAAGCUGCAUUUGUGAUCGGCUCUGGGAUUCUGUUUCUCGCUGCCUUUGGGAACUCUCUCACAUGGCACCUGCAGAAGUUCUGGGGAGCAUCUGGAGACUUCUGGCAGAAUCAGUGGAGCAAACUUCACUCACGGUUUGAGGGACACGACCAGGCGCUGUUCUACCUUGGGACCAUGCUGGUGCCCACUGUGGUCUUCUGGGGGACUAACGCUCUGCUGCUGUUUGUGGACAUCAUGGCCAAACCCUCGUUCAUCACAAAGUACCGGAUCCAACAGGACAAGAACAACCCGGUGGACCCGGCCAAGCUCCGCCACGCCCUGAAGACCGUGCUGUUUAACCACAUGUGUAUCUCGGGGCCCAUGGUGGUGGCGGCGUACCACCUGAUGUCCUACAGGGGGCAGCCUUGUGGCCCCGAGCUGCCCACGUUUCACUGGGCUCUGCUGGAGCUGACCGGCUUUGUCAUCAUCGAGGAAAUCAUGUUCUACUACUCACACAGACUGUUCCACCAGCCGAGUCUGUACAAGACGUUCCACAAACAGCACCAUGAGUGGACGGCUCCGAUCGGCAUUGUCUGCAUCUACGCCCACCCACUGGAGCACGUGAUCUCAAACAUGUUGCCCGUAGCCAUUGGCCCGGUGAUCCUGGGCUCCCACAUCAGUACCACGUGUCUGUGGUACUGUCUCGCCCUCGUCAGCACCACUGUGUCUCACUGCGGGUACCAUCUGCCCCUCCUGCCCUCGCCCGAGUUCCACGACUUCCACCACCUCAGGUUUAACCAGUGCUACGGCGUGCUGGGGAUUCUGGACCGACUUCACGGCACCGACUCAAAGUUCCGACAAACCAAACAGUACGAACGCCACACGCUCCUCACCAGCCUGACCCCCCUCACGGAGAGCAUCCCCGACGAGCCCAAGAAAGGCCUCUGAACCCGGGGUAACCUCGUGAGCGGGAGCCGGAGCUUGGAGUUUUGGAGUUCGCUUUAAAGGCACCGUACCUGAUUUUUACUGUCUUAAAAUAACUGAAAAACAGUUCAUUUUAAACGGUUUGCAGUGGUCCAAAGUUAUCCCUCACUUCCCUCUUGCAAUCAGAGCAUUCUAAUUAUUCACUACAUUGAGUUUAUAAGCACUUUUCACAACUUUCAGAGACCAGUUUAGAGUUUUUGCGGAGAAAAUCACAUUCUGCUCAAAUACAUGGGAAAAAUCGGGUACAAGACCUUUAAUUAUACGAUAUAUUUAUAAGGAAACCUCACAAAUGUUGAAUCUGAUCAUUGCACUAUCCAUAGUUUAAACUGAGCUGGAGAAAAGGCCAGACGACUGUGGUAAAAUGUGUUGACCUGGUUUAUUUUUAAUGUCGCUGUAAUUACUGAACCUAUCCACAUGAAACAAAAACUGGCACAAAUAUCAACGUCAUCUGUCAAUAUAAAUAAACAAAAGUGACAUUUAAUAUUUCACCUACCCCCAUCUCAGUUACAGUGUCAUCUGCAAUCCCGCAAUAUAACUUUAUUUAAAAAACCUCUUCACUACACACUCUUUUUACAUAAACAAAACUAGGUGUCUAUAUAUUUCUAUGUAUUUAAGGAAUGUAAACAAGUUAAUCUAUUUAAAUGUAUUAUUCAUGUUUAUUAAAUGUGGUAUAUUUUUAUGUUCUUAUCUUCCUCAUAAACAAAACAUUUAGCAUUUUUUGACAUGAGUUUUGACAGGUUUUUUUUUUUUACUUCAGAUGCUCUUCCUUGUCUUGACAAUGACCAAUAUCAUGCACUUACGGGAUAAUUAAAUCAGUUAUUUUCUGGAGAGUGGGUAAAUACUUAACUCACUGGGCCACAAAAUAGUUGAAAUAUACUUGCUACUGACAAGAAAUGUACCACAACUUUAAAACUAAUCAUAUAUUUUUGUAGCCUAAAUGCAAUUACAAAUCAGUGUGAUCUCAUAAGGUUUUUAUUUUUACUUUAUUUAACUUUUUUUCGAUUCAUUUUUAAGGUUUUCAUUUUUAAGGUGAGACAUUUGAGGUAAAUUGGGAAUAACUGAAAUGUAGAUAUAUCAAAUUCAAGCCAGUAAUUUACAGAAAAGUUUGAAUUUUAUAUUUAAACAUUUAGGUUUUUUUUCCCCUAUUGACCUGAAAGUCUCACAAAAAGUGCACUUAACUGAUUUAACUGUGGCACUAGAUUAUUUCAUUUAAAACUGGGAUUUACCACUUUGAAUUGUCUGCUAGUUUAGACAAAAGUGAACAAAAUGUAUAAACGUCCUUAACAUGAUUGUUCUAGCCAAGCCGUGCGCACAAUAGUGAAUACAGCGGAGAAUAUACUAACCCUGCUAACCUAAGACAAACAGGAAGUACUUUAUAGAUUGUUUUUAACUAAUUCUCAUGUUUAACACUUAAAACUUUAAAGAGCAAUGCAAAGGAUGCAAUUACAAUCAUGUAAAGAUUGUAUUUUGAAGAAUUAUGUAAUCGUUUAUCAUUUUAAUUUUGUGUUUUUUAGCGUGUAUGUUUUAAACUGUUCUAAAAAUAAUAGUGUUUA